AUGGACUCUUACGCCCAACGCCAAAGCCUUUGCAACGACAUCGCCUCCCUCGAGAGCACUAUUGGCCGGAUGGAGGGAGAGAAGAACGACAUUUACUUCCAAAUCAGGAUGAUUGAGGGGCAGAUCGACUACUUCAGGCGACAUCCCCUUCCCGGGGAGAUUGAACGACUCGAGAUACACAAGGCGAUGCUCAACGGCCGUUUUCUGGAGGUUCAGGGCAAGAUAGGGGACAAGCAUUCAGAGCUCAGGACAGAAGCUGAAUCACGGAUGGAAAUUGUGGUCGCGUAG